GACCCCUUGUUUUUCUCUGCCUCUUGAACUUUAUGAUUCUGCUGCCAUGACAACACUGAGCAGUACAUAUAGACUGUUAUAGUGUAUGAUUGGCUUAGAGCAGAUUGCUUUGUCGAGUAGCUCUUAGAGAUAUGAGUGAUUCAUACGGUAGUUGACACUGUAUCUAAGCAAUCACAAAUACAAAACCCUUCCAAUAGCUGUCUGUGCUUUCCUCCUUGCACACACCCCUGUCUGGAACCUUUAGAUGAUUGGCUGCUGGCUGUGACCCUGUCUGAGUGGAAACCAUGGAGACCAAGAGGGAGGCGGGACUACUGGAGAGCAGGCUGAGCCUGGAGGACUAUGAGAAACUGCAGAGCCUCUUUCUGGGUGACAGUGGAGCAGGUGUGUCCUUCUCCAGGGCAGAGUUUAUAGAACAAGCCUGGUCUGCAGUGAGACGUGGCUCCAGGGAGGAGUACGGCCUCCUAUUCGACAGUGUUGUCGUCACUCAGGAGCAGCAUAGCCUGCUAUUGGACAGUGCUGACGAGCGAGGGGAGAGGGCAGUGGACUGGGAGAUGCUGACUUCCUUCCUGCUGAUAGGGCUGUCAGAAAAGGAGGAGAAUGAACGAGCUGCCACCGUGCCUCGCUGGAGACCUCCUCGAACUCUGACCCCUCCACACCGUGACCCUAUCCAACAGGUGGUGUACCUGCGUAGCUCAGGCCGUUACCUGUCAGUGAGUAAGGGGGGCACGCUGGGGGUGUGGGCGGGGGAGGACUUCGCCCUUCUCCAAACACACCGCCUCCACAACGACUCUGUCAGGCCCAAAGAUCUCUGGGUAACAGCUAUGGUGGUGCUGCACAACGUACACAAGAUAGCUGUGUCAUUCACCAGUAAGGAGGUCUGUUUCUAUGACUUGCUCUCCAAGCAGCAGUUUAGCUGCCAGUAUAAACUCCAGGGUCUGAGAUACGCCCCUCUAAGUCUGGACUACUGGUGUCACCCCACUUACCCUGCCCAGGCUGUACUCACCAUGGGAGACACAGGGGGACAGGUCAGUGCCAUAUGCUUCAGGUCAGCUCAGAUCUCCCUGUUUGAGAGGCCCAGUCCAGGGGCAGACACAGAAUCUGCUGACAUCAUCAAGUGGGAGGAGCUAGUUCAAGGUCGCCAUCGCUGCUGCUACACACUCGGACACCGAGCUCACGGACACGCCUGGGUACGCAGAGUGCGUUUCCUGGGCUCUUUGGACGCGUUGUUGUCGUGCAGCACCAGCCCCCACAGCAGCAUGGUGAUUGGCUGGAGGGAGAGAGAGGGCGAGCCCCUCAGAGUCACCGCCUUCCACACGGAGAAAGGAACCAAUGACCUGGACCACCACCCUGGGAUGAAUCUGAUAGCCACCGCAGGUAUAGACAACAAGGUGUUGCUGUGGAACCCCUAUGUGAUCUCUAAACCAGUGGGUGUACUCAGAGGUCACAUGAGCAGUGUUACCGCCGUACGCUUCUUAGUGGGCAAGAAACAACUGAUCAGCUUCUCCAAGGACAAGGUGCUGAGGUUGUGGGAUGUAGCUAGUCAGCUGUGUAUUCAGCGUAUCGCCGGCAUCUUCCCCAAGACACAGGAGGAGUGUCACACUCUGUUGUUCCUUCAUGAGGAGCGCUCACGCCUCCUCCUCUCCUUCAACAGUCUGCUCAUCCUCAUGGAAGCCAAGAGAGAGGAGGGGAGGAGAGUCACCAGCCAUGAGAACCCUGUCACCUGUGUCCUCUAUAGCAGCCUGUUCAGACAGGUGAUCAGCAGUGACUCUGGCUCCUCAGUGAUCUGUUGGCUGGUGGACACAGGUCAGAAGGUCAAGCAGUUCCACCGUUGUCAUGGUGAUGCUGAGAUCUCCACCAUGGCGUUGGACGGGACACAGACACGCCUGUUCACCGCCGGCACAGACGGAGUAGUCAAGAUCUGGGACUUUAACGGUCACUGCCACCACAGGCUGAAUGCGGGCCGGGACAAGGCCGUGGACAUCUCCCAGGUUCUGGUGCUGAAGAGAACCGUGCUGGUCAUGGGCUGGGAGAGGAUGUUAACAGUGUUCAGACUGCACUCGUUCUCUCAGUUCUUUGUUCAGCCCUCUGAGUGGAAGGGAGGAGUUCAGCACCGCGAUUAUGUCCUGUGUGCCGCAUUCCUGCCCCCUCAGACCCUUGUCACAGGAAGUUAUGACGGGGAGCUCACGGUAUGGAACAACAGCACAGAGAACGCCCUGAGAAAGCUCCGUCCAGAUCCUGAGAGAGAAUGCAGCAAGGCUCAGACAGACUCAUCAUCAGUGUGUAAUGGAAACGGUGAGGAGGACUCAGAGAGCAGUGAUGGCAUCUCCAGACUCUUCUUCCUGCCAGGACGCAAUGGCGUGGCCACCGCUGGUGGAGCGGACCUGGUCUCAUGUGGCGGUUCUGGUCUGGUUCGGUUCUGGAACACGGUCCAGAGCGGUCUGGUUGCUGUGUUCAUGGCUCAUAAAGACACAGGUUCCAUCAUCAUGACCAUGAGCGCCUGUGGUCGAUACCUGGUCACUGCUGACAUGGAGGGAACCCUGAAGACCUGGGGCAUACAGGAAUACUGCCUCCUGCCCAGCAACGGAGUGACCAAUGAGGCUCCAGAACUGCUGGGUAGACUCCGCCCACACAUGGACUGUGUAACUCACCUGGAGACUUGUCUCCAUGGUGACAGGCUCCUCCUCCUCUCAGCAUCUGCAGACUGUAGCGUAGCUCUCAGCUACCUGCCUGGGGACACAGUGGGCGUGUUCGGACAGGAGGAGCACUGGCGUUUGGACGGGCCUGGAUCUGUCCAAGGGGGAGAAGGAGAGCCCAGGGAGGGGACAUUGUCGCCGCAGAGCCCCCAGUGGGACAGACCCUGA